AUGGGGGCGGGGCCCGCCCUCGGCGCCCUGAUCCUGGCCCUGGCGCUGCCCGGGUGCUGGGGCUGCGUCGCGUUCUCCGAGCGCAUCAUCACGACGCUGGCCGACGGCGCCGUCUCCGUCUUCGCGAUCGACGUCGACGGCGACGGCGACGUCGACGCGCUCUCGGCGUCUUACAACGACGACACGGUCGCGUGGUACGAGAACGACGGCUCCCAGUCCUUCACCAAGCGCAUCAUCACGAACUCGGCGACCUCCGCCGUCUCCGUCUUCGCGAUCGACGUCGACGGCGACGGCGACGUCGACGCGCUCUCGAGCGGCAGCACCGUGGCUGCGUGGUACGAGAACGACGGGUCCCAGUCCUUCACCGAGCACACCAUCUCGGCGGGCGCCGCCCGCUCCGUCUUCGCGAUCGACCUGGACGGCGACGGCGACGUCGACGCGCUGUCGGCGUCCUACACCGACGACACGGUCGCCUGGUACGAUAACGACGGGUCGCAGUACUUCACCGAGCGCUUCAUCACGACGCUGGCGGACGGCGCCGUUUCCAUCUUCGCCAUCGACGUCGACGGCGACGGCGACGUCGACGUGCUGUCGGCGUCCGAGGACGACGACACGUUCGCGUGGUACGAGAGCGACGAGGUCGAGGACGACAACUUCCAUUUCUACGAGCACGUCAUCACGACGCUCGCGGAAGGCGCUCGCUCCAUCUUCGCCAUCGACGUGGACGGCGACGGGGACACGGACGCGCUGGCGGCGUCCUACUCCGAAAGCGACGUCGCGUGGUACGAGAGCGACGAGGUCGAGGACGACAACUUCCAUUUCUACGAGCGCCUCCUCUCGGCCUCGGCGGACGGACCCAUGGCCGUCUUCGCCAUCGACGUCGACGGGGACGGCGACGUGGACGCGCUGUCGGCAGCCUAUUCGUGCAACUGCGUCGUCCUGUACGAGAACGACGGGUCCCAGUCCUACCGCGUCCGCGCGCAGCUCGUCGUCACGGGCGCGGGGUCCCUCGCGAACGCGGCGCUGCUCCUCGCCGUCGUCGCCGAGGCGGCGCCGACGCCGCGGCGCGCCUUCCUCUGCGUCGCGCUCGGCCAGCGGGCCGUCGAGCUCGCGCUCGCGGCGACGGCCGCGUUCCUGGGCCUGAAGGUCGACGCGAGCUCGGGCCUCUCGGGCGCGGCGCGGCGCGCGCGCGCGUCCGUGCGGCGCCGCGUGUCCGCCGUCGCGAAGGCCGUCCGCCGCUCCACGAAGCCGCUCCGGAAGCCGCCCGCGCCGCCGUCGGCCAAGGUCGUCGAGUUCAACGCCAUCUACGCGCGGAGCGCGGGGCGCUUCGCCCGCGAGUCGCCCAUCCCGCGCGCGUCGCCGGACCCCCGCGCGUCCGGCCCGGGCCCGAGCCCGCCGCCCUUCGACCUCAGAAACAGUCCGCCCGCGGACGGCGCCGCGUCCGAAGGGCUGCCCGCGGGAUGGGAAUCGGCGUACGACGCGGCCUCGCAGUGCUUCUACUACCGGUCGCCGGCGCUCGGCGUCAGCCAGUGGGAGCGGCCGGCGCCGAAUCGCCGCGCGUCCGCGGGCGCGGCCCUCCGGAAGACGCCCUCGGCGGACGGGGCGGCGCUCCACAGCCCCCGCCGCGGGUCCGUCUAG